CGCUCUGUGACGGUCCUGCUCGGCUCAGCCCGGCCACCAGCACCCAGUGCUUGCAGCGCCUGCAGUCCCCACACAUGGACCUGUGCCACGUCCCUGCCACCCAGGAGAAGGGCUGGUACCUGGCACUGAUGGCCCCCAACAUCAAGGGUCCCAACUAUGCCUGGCUGGACCCCUCCCGGCUCUACUGCCACCCGCAAGGCUUGCAGGACUGCGUGGCCGACCUGCUGCAGCCUUUCCAGGGAGAUUCCAUCGACAUGGUGGCCGGCAUCGAUGCCAUGGGCUUCAUCCUGGGUGCUGCAGCCGCUGCCACACUGCAGAAAGGCUUCCUGGCCAUCCGCAAAGCCGGGCACCUCUGUGUGCAGACAGCGGCACAGCCCUACACCGACUACUCGGGCCGGGAGAAGGUGAUGGAGGUCCGCACCGAUGCCAUCUUGCCGGGUCUGCGCAUCCUUCUCGUGGACCAGUGGGUUGAAACUGGGGGCACCAUGAGAGCGGCCAUCGAGCUGGUGGAGCGGCUGGGUGGGGUCGUGGCAGGUGUUGCUGCCAUCUGCAUGGAGAACAGCGAGGGAGGGAAGUGGAUCCAGGAGCGCUACAAGUGCUCCCACUGUGUCCCCCCCAGCUUGCAGCCCCACUUUGACCAGCACAAGUUUGGCUGGGCCUGAUGUGGGACUGGCACCUUGUGUGUCCCCUGCAUCCCCCCGAGGGACACAGGGCUGCUGGCUCUGCAGGAUAGGGAUGCUCCUUGGUGGAAGAAGGAACCCGUCCUCAGCGGCAGCCAUCCAUCCUCCUGCUUGCCUAUGAGCCUGGGGACUGCACCCAGGGACAGGGAGACCCACAAGCAGCCCCAGCCCCAUGCCUUUCUUACAA